UGCACCAGAGCAAGGACGACCCAGGAGACGCACAACAAAUACUCGCUGAGGUCGUUUCAGAGGCCCACGCCAACGUUGCUGCACUAUUACCUAGGAAAGAUUCCUUGAAGAGGUCCAUUCGUGCGAUGAGAAAAGAGUUUCGGGAGAUCAAUAUUGACGGCACUUUGCAUCAAUUUCUUCUGUGGGACUCGGGGAUUGAAGCCAACCGAAUAUUGAUGUUUGGAACAAGACAAAAUCUCCACUUAUUAUUUAGAAGUGAGGAAUGGUUCGCCGACGGCACGUUUUCUUCUGCGCCAGCUUUAUUCCAGCAACUCUACACAAUUCACGUAGUGCACGGCGGCCUCGUUAUUCCGGCGCUGUACGCCUUGCUGCCAAACAAGACCAAAGCAACAUAUCAACGAAUGCUACAGCAUAUUAAGGUUUUACAGCCAGGUCUUCAGCCACGAAGAUUAAUGACUGAUUUCGAGCAGGCUGCGAUUCAGGCGUUUGAUGAGGAAUUUCCAAACAUCGAAAAGACGGGCUGCUUCUUCCACCUAUCACAGUCUGUUUGGCGAAAAGUUCAAAAUGAAGGACUAACAGCGCGCUAUCAGAAUGACCACGAAUUUUCCCGUUGGAUUCGAAUGAUACCCUCUCUUGCUUUUCUUCCCCCUGACAGGGUUACACAAUCAUUUGAAGAUCUCUUGGACGAUCCGGACUUUCCUCAGGAAGCACUACCCAUUGCCAACUAUUUCGAGGACACUUACAUUGGUCGAAUUAACCGAAGAGGACGUCAGGCCCCCUUGUUUCCAAUUCAAUUUUGGAACGUUUAUCAACGGACACUGAAUGGUCAACAUCGCACCAACAAUGACGUCGAGGGUUGGCACCGUAGCUUUCAAGAGACCUGUGGUUCACUUUUUCCUAACAUCUACCGCUUCAUUAACUGCCUGAAACGACAGCAAGGUCUCCACAACUUUGAAAUGGUGCAAAUCUUGGCCGGAAAUGCCCCCACUGCGCGAAACAAGAAAUAAACGGUUAUUUCAGCAAGGGUACUGCGUAUUGUGGAGGACUUAGGCAAUCGAAAUUUGAUAGAUUACCUCAGGGGUAUAGCGUACAAUUUUGAAUUUUAAUCACCAUCCGUGGAUGUCUUGCACAGGUCCAUAUUCAAUCUUAUUGUAUUAUGUUCUUAAUUAUACAUUAUUAACGUUAUUCAUUGUAUCAUUCACAAACUUAUUCAAUCCUACCUAACAUCCU